AAAAGUGGUCACACUUGACCAAUGUUUUGGAAAUUGUUUUGGUUUUAAGCACGCAAAAAACAUGGCAGAAUCCCCUCAGAUACAGAUAAAACUUGAGCAGCAAAAUAUCAAGGAGCGAUUAAAUCUUCACGUCAAGCGACGCCUUCAACAGGACACAGAUAACCCCAUCGAGAGUCCUGAUUUGUUGCCAAGUGAACAAAAUCUAAAACGCAACAAGGGAAAAGAAGUUCCCAAACCUCGAAAACCCUAUCAAAAACGCACAGAAAAACCCAAAACAGAAGCCACAAAGUGCAAGAAAGUUGGACAACUUGGUAGUCCGGCGGGGGAAACGGAUCCCUUGGACGAUCAGGAACCGGAGGGCUUUUCCCCUGAGGCGGCGGACGGAAAAUCGUCCAGCCGAGAUCGCUAUAAGAACGCCGACAUACUCAACAUGGUGUUGAACGUUAAAAAACGUAUUUUAAUGCAGGAUCCCGAGGUCCAGGCCUUCUGGACCGAAAUAAUGUCUGCCAUCAAGAGCUAAGGUCAUAAUAAUCUAUUCAGGUUAUUCUUUAAGUUCUUAUUAUAGCUAUUUUUAGUUUGUUUUUAUAUUUAUACGUAGUAUAAGAUUUUUUAUUAAUGAUGUGUAAAUAAAACAUAAGAAUAUUUUUUAAAACCGUGCUUUUAGAGGUCUAAUAAUCCGUGUCUUACAAUAUGAAUUGUUGCAUUUAAUGUUAAAAUUAUAAGAUUAAAAUGGGUAUUUUUCAAAAUAA